GUGUUCAGUUCACAGGCGAGAGCCGUACCGUGCGGUUGGCUUGCGUGUUGUUUCGGGUUGUAUUCCGUGGUCCUACCCCUGAAGCCGGUCAAACUUUGUCGUCACGGUCCGAUAGAGGACCAAGCAGCAUUCACCGGCAGCGUGUCAAUUUCGACAACGAGUUCCAUCGAAUUCCAUUCGUAUUCGCGGAUGCAAUUAUGUACGCAAACUCCGCGAAUCGUCGAGUUAAUCGCGUGUGACGAGAUCGCGGCGCGUGUUCAAUGUGUGGCCAGCUUUCGUCGUAAACAAACGUAACUUUUAGGAAGCGUUACCACGUAAUCGUCGCGUCUGGACGCGUUCCGAACCGUACUCUGCUCCGAAAAUCGCCCGCUACGUCGUAAACAAACGGAGCCUGGUGGGUCUCCACGCAACGGUUGGCAGAACUUUGUCGUCGAUUCCCGAAGUGUAAACUGCACCGACGGAAACGUUUGCCCUGCUCUUAUUCGCUCGGUGACAGCCGUUGGCGGUGCACGAAACUGUGAAAAAAAAACCGUGGACCACGCUCGGGGGAUUCUAACCCAUGUUUCGAAAGUGAGUGAGAGUGACGGUUAGUGUGCAAACAGGGCAAAAAGUGAUAAGAGGGUAGUUUUCUCUCGUUUUUUUUUAUUUCUCCUUUAACGAGCAAGAUACCUCGCCAAGAUAUUUUUCUGCCACUUCUACCACCCUGGUCGAGGAGCUCGCCGACUAUUACAGGACCGGCAGCAACUUCACGCCACUUCGUACACCGAGUGAUGUUUUGAAGCGCCAUCAACCGUAAAGAUGAAGGCCGUAAUCGCGUCGUGUCUCGUUCUCCUUCUCGUCAACGGCAUCCUCUCCGUCGAGUGGAAACACAGCGCUGUCUUGAACAAUAGAUUCUUACUUCUUUGGACGCCCGGCGAGACGGAUGUUACGUUCGAAAUUCAAGCGAAGACUCUCGGCUACGUGAGUCUCGGUUUCACGAAGGAUGACGGCCGCGGCAGUGUUGCAGCUGACAUGGUCAUCGGAUGGGUCGACAACAACGGACAGCUCCAUCUUCAGGACCGACACGUGAAGAACGGCAGCAGAGAUCCCCAGAUGGACUCGAGCCAAGACUAUAGUCUGCUACUGGGUUACGAGAACAAGACGCACACGGUGCUUCGUUUCAGCAGGCGAUACGAUACGUGCGACUCAUGGGACCUCAAGAUCACGAACGACACGAUGCAAGUGGUCUGGCAGUAUCACGAGAAGGAGCCAGUGUCCGCCGCGGGUGGGUUACCGGAGCAAGGAUCUGUUCGAGGAUCCAGACCCUUAUAUCUAGUGCAAAGGGACGCGCAGCCGAAGCAAAGCCCGCGCAACCAAGAAGCCGAGCAGUCGCUUAAAACGUGGGACAUAUUGAACCAGCAGGUCCAAUUGCCCCAGGAAAAAGACUGGCUGGUUUGGCGCCGCAUUGUUAGGAUACCAAGCAUCGAUAAGAAACACCACGUCGUGAAGUACGAGCCGGUGAUACAACCCGGAAAUCAGCCGUACCUGCAUCACAUGACGCUGUACGAGUGUCGCGGCGAUCAGGCGAAAUUGGAAUCCGCCGUGAAUUCGCACGACAGCGUUUUCAAUCAGUCGUCUUCUCAGUGCAACACAAUCGCCGCCAUCUGGAGUCUGGGCUCUGAGGGCUUCAAUUAUCCGCCAGAGGCUGGAUACGCGCUGGACCCGCACAGCGGGCCGCGUUACUUCAUGCUGGAAACUCACUACACAAAUCCGCAAAUGGACGUGAUGCGUGCCGGGUCCACGAGCGACAGCUCCGGGUUGCGUCUGCACUAUACGGACCGGCUGCGUACCCACGACGCCGGAAUUCUCAGCAUAGGCAUCGACCCGAACUGGAGGCAUAUCAUCCCGCCAGGCCAACCCGAAGUGAUCUCCGAAGGUCAUUGCAUCUCGUACUGCACCAAACAGACCAUCCCCGACAGCGGCAUCAACAUAUUCGCCGUCAUCAUGCAUACUCAUCAACUGGGGAGGAAGGUCCGAUUGCGUCAGAUAAGAUCCAGAGUGGAACUGCCACCCAUUGCGUCUGACACCAAUUACGAUCCUAACUAUCAGGAGUAUCGGAAGCUGCAGAAGCCCGUCAGGGUCCAUUCGGAGGAUCAUUUGAUAGCAGAGUGCACAUACUCGUCGGAGUCCCGAAAAAGCAUCACGCUAGGUGGUCAAACGACGAGGGACGAGACCUGCUUGGUGACCACUCUCUACUAUCCACGCAUCGAGUUGUCCCUCUGUUACUCUCUACCCUCGUUACUGACCGUUCUGAAGAGUCUAGGAAUCCAAAAACUGAAACAGGGUUCCACGCCAGUGGAGAUCGAAGAACCGUCAAACCUGGCGGGUAUGACGCUGGAGGAUCGUUUGGUGAGCUACAAUUGGAACACCAAUUUCCAGAGCUUCCAGAAGGUGACUCGCGAGGGUACGUUGAAGCCGCUCUGCUCCACGAUCAAGGGACCCCUACCGGACACGGAGACCAGGGAGGUGCCAUCCCCGACGAUCCUGACGCCGUACGAGGAGAGCAGCAUGCCCUGCUCGAAGAAACCCCUGAGGAACAAGCUGUUCAGCGUCGACGAAGACAUCGGGGCGCCGGUGGAUCCUGACGGUGACGAGACCAACGCCGUCGAACGUGGACAAUUGGUACGCAGCAAAGUGUCGCGCAGCAGCGACGGUCCAACCGCUGGUAGUUCCUCCGUCAGAUCGGUAUCUUUGGCACUGAUGCUCGCCACGGUGGCGACGGUCGUCGGCGCGGCGUUUAGGUGAACGCUGGCUCGUCGUUUCGACGCCGAUCGAUCGACGGAUCGAUCGAUUCUGUUUAUCUAGGACGGCCGUUUUAUCCUCUUGUUGAUCGCGCUGGAUCGGGGAGGAGGAUGCAUGUAAGUACGUGCCGGUGUACUUCUCUGACGCGUCACUUAGGCUAAAUAACUGUUGUCGUUCGUCGGUCGUUGAGCGAGGACGGGCUCCAGACGUCGUGGACUCGCGUUCGAGUCGAUCUCUGCUCGCUACACAGGUCGAUACACGGUGGAAUUUUUAUUACAGUGACGGGAUAACUACGGACGCUUGGGAAACCGCGGGCGUAUUUUUGACGGCUUCACGGAUCUCGUGAUCGCGUGGAACGAAUGGAAUUCGUUGUCACCGCGUAGACAGACUGCCAAAUAUAUUUUUUCCCACGGCGAGCGUUCGACGAGGAUCUGUGAUCCUAAGCUGUACUCGUUCAACGAUCGGUACCUCCCUUUUUGCGAUCUCUGCUCGUGCACUAUUGUUAUGAUGUAUAUCGCGUGCUCGCACAGGACGGUCGUUGGAUAUCUUUCGGUUCCGAACGCCUGGAGUCGGGUUCCUCAUUCUCUUUCCUUUCUAGUUCGGUCUAACUAGCGAAGAUCGACGGAGAACUGUACGGAACAAUAAGUGUAUAAAUAUAGCUAUCGAUGUGCUAGCAGGAAAGGAUUCGUUGACCUCGUAUCGACGCGGUUUAAGGACUCUCGCUUCGCGAGAAUUCAAUUUCCAGGAUUUUCCUCUCGACUCGAAGUACCAGGGAAAAUCGCUUGAAUUCUGACAAGGAAUCGCAAUUUCAACGCAACGCAAACAGUAUGGAGGCGAAUGGUCUCCUAACGCGAUUAGAUGCGAGGGGAGCUGGAAGAGGUGAUACUGGAUGGAAUUCGGAGUCGGUGAUCAGAAUUCUUAAGUAAGUUUCUCUCGCUAAUCGGGAAUUCGUGCGGCAUAAACGAAUUACUCGCAGCAGUCAUCUAACGUGAUGAACACUCGAAGGAAAAGGCAAACGUGUCCUUUGAUUUUAUUGUACAUUUGUAGGAUUGUAUAGCACAGGCUUCUAAUGCCUGAAAAAUCUAGAGAUUUCCGAGAAUUUGUAGAAUAUCUUUGAUUACAAAAAAAAGGAGUUAAUACACUGCAAUUUCACACAAAAAUUUUUUGGGAAAUUGAUCGGUGUACGAAUGCAUUCUACACCUACUGUAUAUUAAAAUCAGAAGUCAGAUUUUAUAGAGACACUAUUUACAGCUCGUCGGAGUAGCCACGUCGAUACGAGCCAAGAAUCGCAAAUCGCGGAGCGAUGGAGCCGGUUGCUCUAACCCUUUCGUUAUUUUUCUUGUGUAUACAUAUCCAACAGACGUGACGUGCAUUGUAUUGCGCUAAAAGUAUGAUACGCGAGUCGAACGACGUAUGUACGACCAUAUUUACGGGUUCUUUCUUUAAUAUUAGUUAAGCUUAGCCUUGCGUUCUUCAGCCAGAGAGAAAGAACAGGAAAACACAAGUUUCUAGUCCAUUUAGACGAGCCAACGGGUCGCAGUCUCGAACCCGCUCGUCAUUUUAUAAGAUAAAGAACAGCUCGCGUCGGAGCUCUUCGGUGCUUGGCCUCUAUUUUAGCAGUUAACGAUCUCGAACGAAAGAUAUCCACAGGACGAUGGUGCGGGAUCCUGUCGAUCGAGUGGAAUUAUUAUAUUUUGGAGACUUCGGACUCGCAAGAAUUUAUAUUGUUGACUGUUUAUUUUUCGUGUCGGGGACGGGACGAAACAUUGGCAGAGUUUCCCUUGGAGCGGAACGAGGUCAGCUUUUUUAAACCCGUGAGAUGUAUGAAGUUGGGAAUAGUACCAUUUCCAGAAAAUAUUGGAACAAACGUUUGUUUACAUAUACCAGAAAUAUUCCAAUUGAUCGUAUCAUCGAUUAAUUGUUGAUUAAAAACCAAGAUUUCCUUUCCAAGCUUGUAGUCUUCUGAGGAAUUUCUGACUCGACUUUGCUCAAAAUGCCAACGGGUUUCGCUCCUUCCCCGGCGAAGUCUGUAUAUUCUGUUACUAUUAGAGCUACGAAUAGAUGUGUUUUUAACGGAGACACCAUGUAAACGUUGGUUGAUUCGCACGGGAAGCUAGGACUAGAACGAUACCAAGGACGAGCAAAAUUUUACUCGAGUAGGUCGAACAGUUAAACCUUUAUUCGUUCGUUCAUUUCGUACUAUAACUCAAAUUUUAAUGCCUGUUUUAAAAGCAACGAAUAAAUGGUUCACGUUUCAUUUGUAAUUUGAAAUCGUCGAUCAGGUAAAAAUUUCGCCCGUUUCGUUCAGUCGUGACGCUUAACCAACGUUUGCAUGUGCGCAAACCUCGGCGAUUCUUUGUAAUAUUCUGUACAGUUUAUUAAGUAUAAUGUUGUUCGCGUGCCCGCGAUUAUUUAUUUUUUAUUUAAUUGUAUAGUCACUUGCCACGUUGAUACUCCCUUUCACUUGUCGCGCAUCACGUUCGCGACGAGCAGCGUGGGUUCGGUUUCUUCAUGCGUCUCUUGCAGAGGUGCGGGGGUACUCGAAGAUUUUAGGUUACACUACGUUGGUGUGCUUUGUGUCAAGUACGGACUCGAAUCCUGAGAAUCUUCUGCUACGAUUGAUUGAACGGUUUACUUGUGCUUGAUUCAGAGCUGGUUCAGUUCGGGCGAGUUGGAUAUACAAAUUUUUGAAUUGCAGCUUUUCGUACUGUACGUGUUCAACGAUUCAAAAUUUCUGAUUGUGUACCUUUCAUGUUCAAUUGUAAAACUCCGCACGUUUUAUUGUGAAAUUCAGAAUGAAAGGGAAUUUUGAAUCAAGUAGGGUUACGGUAUUUUAGGAUUCUUUUCGAGAGAAAGGCUAAUUACAAACAAGGGAAGAAAUAAAAUUAGGUGAAAUGAAAUUGCUCGUCACACGUUUCCUCUUAUUCAUCGCUGCUUUUUCGUACUGUCUAAUUUUGGCUUGCGCGACUAUAUGGACACUCGCGUGUAAGUUUCGUUAAUUAAAAACUUUUAACCACGGUGCGAUUCUCGUAUUUUUUGUAUUAUUAUAACACAUUAGAACUACAAUGUAUAAAACAAGACCGUUUCUCAUUCCUCGAGAAGAUUUUUACUCUGGCUCGUGUUAUUUUCAGUAAUAAAAGCUGAUCAUGCACUACUAGUGCAGCAGCGUGUGUAAGUGCUCUAUUUUAUGCUAUUUGAAGCAGCGAAAGUUUAUAAAAAAAAUAUCUUUCGACUUUCGUUUCGCUUCACGUAACUCGAAAGCAACAUUUUUUAAGACGGACAUUGCAAGUUAUCGUUUCUUUAUAUACAGUUCCAAACAUAAUACAAUUGUUUAAAUUUAUAACCAUAAAAAUUUUCUCAAAAUUUAUAUGACCGUUUUUAAUGGAGAUCCAAAAAUUGGUGUAUUCCUAUUCGAAGAAAACAAAUCAGUUUUCGAUGGAAAUUUGGGGUUUUGGCACAUCCCUGGUCUUUAGCCACCGGGGACACUUGCCGCUGCGACGUUCCUCGAACACCACAAUUCAAUCGAUCCCCACUCGAUCGAUUCCAUCUACGAAUGACACAUACUUUCGUUUCUUGAACGUUUCAAAGGGGUGAUGUUCGACAGAGAACACGAUUUUUAAUGAACGAAAAAUUAAUAUCGAUCGACUUUGUUGAAUAUUUGUGGCAAACUGAUUAAACAUAUUUCAGAUCUUGAUGAUAUCAAUGAUGAUCUUGAUGAAUUGAAUUCUACUCUCAAGCCUCUGUGCAUACGAUUCAAUCCAAUUUGAGUCUCGACUGCGUUAACUUACUCGCGUUCUGCGCUUCCCAAAACACCACUCUGAGUACUUAGGAAAAAAAAAGAAAAGAAAAUCGAGAAAAGAGAGCUCUGUCUUUCCCUCUUGCUCCGUAGAAAUAAAAAGGGAAGAAAUGACAUGCAUGAUGGCGUGCAACGAGAGAGGACUUACGCCGGAAUACCGCGAUCGAUAAGCGGCACGUUGUAGUCAAGAGUCCCCUAACGCGCGCACUUUUCCUUGAAUUCUAUUAGCAUCGAGAAAAACGCCAGGGCAUUCUGCGUUGACAAAGGCAAACGAGAAAUCGCGGGGCGGGGACGACACCUCGAAUCGAGUGCUCCCGCUGUCGAAAAAUUUCACGGGGUUAUUCACGUUUUGAUUCGCCUAUGAUUUGGUCUGUCGGUCGUCAAUUAAAUCCAGCCAAUUCGCAAAUUGCGAAUUCACUUUUCAUGUUAGACCGGCCCCACGGGACUUAACGACGACCGACUGUCGAUGAUAAAGCUCUCUCCCUAGCGUAGAAUUAAUGAAAAAAAAAAAAAAGAAGGAUAACAAACCUCACGUAGUCGACUAAUCGGUAAUGAUAAACCCGUAGCCACGUUUUACAAUUUAAUACUACGGUAACUCGUAAGUGUCAUAGGGGAUCUGUAUGUGUAGAGACCGUAGGGCAAUCGAGCGACUUAUCUUGCCUCGAGGAAAACGCUUUAGGCGCUAAAAAGGUCCGUUCCUCUCGACCGUCAUCGUCGUCAUUCAUCAUCGUGCAUCGUCGAAUCGAAAUUAACUGCCAAUCGUCGCUUUGCUAAUGUCACCGUACCCCGAUCCGAAAUUCUUUCUGUUCCGGUUGUUCCGUUAUUCGAGGCGAAUGGUAUCAUCGAAUCAGCGUCGAAGGUGGGCAAAAUUUUCUUUAAUCGAUGCAUCACGAUCCAUUCACGAGUUUGAACAGUGACACAUUGACUCGUCCUCUGCAAAAUACAGUAAAUCUCCUCGAGUUGCAGGACGAUCUGGGUCGAUGAUGCAACUAAAGGAGACUUACUAUACUCUAUUCUGUAGAUCAAGGUUGAAGUACUAAUUCUUUAAACGCUCCGAAACCUACGAUAUCCUAGAAUCCUUUAAAAAUCGCCUGAGGGUACAGCACAAGGAUUUUGCCCCAUCUUCGACCAGCAUACAUACAGAGACAGACACAAACGAGCCGUUCACUGUAGAAAUCGAUUAACUCCACUUUUUGAAAAAUCUUUAAGUGUCGAAACACUUAGUAUAGUCAACUUUUUAUAUGUAUAAUAAUUUUUCUGAAUAAUAAAGAUUAACGCCAUUAAACGACAAAAUUGUUUUGGCCAUUGAAUAAUAAGUAAUUUAUUUCAGAGGCCAUUUUGAUCGCAUUUCCCAACUUUUUGUUUUAUGGAGUUAAUCGUUUUGCGCAAUGAACGGUUCGAAUAUUCCCAUACUCGCGAUAUAGAAGAAACAGAGAAAUUGCUGAUCAUCGUCGACGAUCAUUGACACGCUGUUAUACGGGAACGACGAGGUGAUCGACCGAGGGUUCGAGGAGAGGAAAAGAAUACCAGAGGAACGCUUUGAGAAAUGCUCGAACGAGAGAACCGCUGCUGCUUUCUUUCCCUCGAAUAUUCUUCGCUGCGUGUACGAUACCGUACGAUCCGCCAUAGGGAUAAGCGAUGAUUUAUCAUCGUCGAAGGAACUCGUUAUAAUCGGCCGUGCGAGAGGGGGGCAAGGACGAAGUCCGUUCCGUGACUUCUUCCGCGCCCGCGAUGUCGACGCUGAUUUCAGUCACGGCGCUCGUUCCUGACGCUGUUGUCACGACGUCGCUAGAGGGACGAAGGGGUAGAGGGGUUGGUGGUGAUGUGUGGGUGGGUGAUAGGAACUGCCGGUGAUAUGACCAGAACAAUCAAGCAAAAAGUGUCACAAGUAAAUGUCAUUUAUGCUGGAGUAAUUACGUUAGGUGCAUAGGGAACGAUAUUACGCAAUUUAUACUAAAAUGAUCAUGCAUUGUGUGUGUAUGUACGUUAGCUGGUUCGUUUUCACGCCGAGACUCCUGGCGCCCAUCGAGCUUUCGACCACGUGGGGAUUGAACGGAGCCGAUGUUCGCGACAUUAUGCAUUCCCUGAGACACGUUACAUCACGAUUUUUUACUGAUUAUUCGUCACGAAACUCACUGUACAAAAUAUACACGAGUAAAGAGUUCGAUGAUUGAGCAAAGAGAGCAAUAGCCGAAGGAAAGAGAGAAAACUAACGUUGCGCUAGAUCGGUGCUUCCCGACAGGUGUAACGCGACGUACUCGAUGUACGGUGUGCAAUUAAUCGAUGGGAGGAUGUUUGCGAAAGAGUUUCCGUCACUUUUACGUAAUAUACCGCAAUUGAGCAGAUCUUUGAAAAUUUAUAAUCAGGAAUUUUGAGUAGCUAUACGAAAACUUUAGUGAACGUAUCAAAGUAGAACUGCAAUCGAUUUAACUGAAAUGUUCUUUUUAAAGAGGUUUGAUGCAAAGUAGGAUUUGCUAAAAUAGCCUUACAGAAUGCUAUAAUGAAGUUUGUUCUUUCUAAUCAAAUAAAGCACAUCUUUUGAAUAGAAGGUGCUCCAGAAAUAAUCGCAAGUAACUCGAUGAAACUUACUUAUUUUAUUCAAUUAUGAAAGUAUCCUUAGACUGGUAGAUUGCAAGCUUCACAGAGAACUUGAACAUCUGUUUACAACUUUAAUAUAGCACGAACUGUGCGCCGUGUAAAUUUAAGCUUCUCCUAAAUAGAAAAGGUUGGGAAGCACUGCUGGAUGACACCGUCAACCGCGAAAGGUUUCGAGAUCGAUUUCUCGGUCCGAUUGGAGCCGAAAUACACUUGAUUACCACGAGCGGAUUCAACGACACGCGUGUGUGCCCAUUAGAGGCGACGGGUACGGUAAAUAUCGAGGAUCCGUUUGAAAUAACCGCGACUGGAGGGAUGCGUUUAACGGAAACACGGCGGGGCCAGGAAAUCGGGUAUGUGUACGUACUGUAUGUAGAAAAGAUUAGAGAACGUCGAGAACGAUACCCCGUGGUCCAUUAGCGAUGUGGGUCGCGGAGCACCGACGCAAGCGGGGAAAAAAAAAUGCGAGUGGAUAAAGGAAUCGAGCGUAAUAGCGUGUGCGUGUACAUAGGUACCCUGUAUAUAGGUUUUAGAUUUAAAUUACGUCCCGGACUCUUUAUAGGCACCUACACUCGGAAUUCAGGUAGAUCGCUAAAUAGUAUCUUGUAUCUUUAUAAUUUACGUGUAACCGUGUUUAAAACGAAAAAAAAAAAAAGAAAUGAAAACUGUAGCGACGUGCACGCGCGCGAAUUCACUAGUGUAAACACGCGCGUCCACGCGACCUACGCAUACCGGGCGCCCUGUCCUUCCAUACCGCUCUUAGAUUUAUACCUAAUUUACACUGGAUAUUAACGUCUAAACGCUACACUAUCAUCUACACUGUAACAAAUUGUAUUAUAUUUUAUAUAUAUAAAUAUGUAAAUGUUUUUCUAAAUUCAAG